UGCGCAGACCCCGUGCACAUGGCGGCGCUAACGCUCCGUGACCCGGAUGUUAUUGGCGCGGUCAGCGGACUAGUCUUCGGGCUGCCGUUAUCAUAUAAAAAGGUGACAGCGUAGUGAAAAAACGCCUUUAAACACAUCAGAUUCACCCAGAUCCGCUUCUGGAAGUCAUGCCGAGUGCUCAGUGAAGAGUCUCUGUGACGAUGGCUGUGGUGUCGUGGAAGGAGACGUGUCUGCUCACAACGCUGGUGCUGGGCUGCUACUGGAACAGCCUGCUAUGCAGCUUCGUGUUCGACGACGUCUCCGCCAUCUUGGACAACAAGGACCUUCGUCCCUCGACUCCGAUUCAAAACCUGUUUCUCAAUGACUUUUGGGGGACCCCUAUGGCAGAGGAGCGGAGCCAUAAAUCCUACAGGCCGCUCACCGUGCUCACCUUCCGCCUGAACUACCUGCUGAGUGAGCUGAGUCCGGCAUCCUACCACCUUCUCAACGUGGCUCUUCACGCGGCCGUGUGCGUCCUCUUCCUGCGCUUCUGCCGCCUGAUGAUGGACCGUACCACCAGCCUGGUGGCCGCUCUGCUGUUUGCCGUCCAUCCGAUCCACACCGAGGCUGUCACGGGCGUGGUCGGGAGAGCCGAGCUGCUGUCCUCCAUCUUUCUCCUGGCGGCGUUCCUGGCCUAUACCAAGUCGAAAGGGGCGGAUCGUUCCAUCGUAUGGACUCCCAUCAUCCUGACAGUGUUUCUGGUUGCCGUAGCGACUCUUUGUAAGGAGCAGGGGAUCACUGUGAUCGGGGUCUGCUGUGUCUAUGAGGUGUUUGUAGCCCAGGGGUUCACGUUGCCCCUGCUGGUUGAGACGGUACUGCAGGUGGUACGAGGGAAGGACAUGUUUCCGUAUGCGGUGCUGCAGACUUUGCUGAAGCUGGUGGUGCUGGUCAUCAGCACGCUGCUGCUGGUUAUAGUGCGGGUGCAGGUCAUUCAGUCGCAGCUGCCCGUCUUUACCAGGUUUGACAACCCGGCAGCCGUCAGCUCCUCCCCCGCCCGGCAACUCACCUUUAACUACCUGCUUCCGGUAAACGGCUGGCUCCUACUCAACCCAUCCGAGCUGUGCUGCGACUGGACCAUGGGCACCAUACCUUUGGUGGAAUCUGUAUUAGACCUACGCAAUCUGGCAACCCUGGCCUUCUACAUGCUCCUUGGCCUCCUGGCGUAUCACAGCCUGCGUCACGCCCACGGUUCUGCCAAGACCGUCCUCAUGGCUCUCUCUCUGAUCGUUCUGCCCUUCAUCCCAGCCUCCAACCUGUUCUUCCCGGUGGGCUUCGUGGUGGCCGAGCGCGUGCUCUACGUGCCCAGCAUGGGCUUUUGUGUCCUGGUGGCUCACGGAUUCAAGAGCCUGGUGUCCCGAGGGGCUCUGAAGAAAGUCUCCUGGGUGUUUAUGGGCGUUCUUCUCACCACGCACGCCGUGAAGACGUUCUACAGGACCUGGGACUGGGAGUCGGAGUACACUCUGUUCACCUCUGCUCUAAAAGUGAACAAGAACAACGCCAAACUCUGGAACAACGUCGGCCACGCUCUGGAGAACCAGAACGAUUAUGAGCGAGCGCUCAGAUAUUUCCUCCAGGCUACAAGAGUGCAACCAGAUGACAUAGGCGCCCACAUGAACGUCGGAAGAACGUACAAGAACCUCAACCGAUCCAGAGAGGCUGAAGAGGCGUACCUGGUCGCUAAAUCUCUCAUGCCACAGGUGAUUCCAGGGAAGAAGUAUGCGACUCGUGUGGCCCCGAACCACCUGAACGUAUACAUCAACCUGGCCAACCUGAUCCGAGCCAACGACUCACGGCUGGAGGAAGCGGACCAGCUGUACAGGCAAGCCAUCAGCAUGAGGCCUGACUUCAAACAAGCCUACAUCAGCAGAGGUGAGCUCCUGCUGAAGAUGAACAAACCCGGCGAGGCGAAGGACGCCUACUUGCGUGCCUUGGAGCUGGACCGUACCAACGCCGACCUGUGGUACAACUUGGCCAUCGUGAACAUCGAGAUGAAGGAGCCUUCGGAAGCCCUGAGGAACUUCAACCGCGCGCUGGAUCUCAACCCACGUCACAAGCUUGCCCUUUUCAACUCGGCACUGCUCAUGCAGGAAUCCGGUGAGGUUAAGCUCCGCCCCGAAGCCAACCGCCGUUUCCUGAGCUACGUAGAAGAGGAACCCAACGAUGCCAACGGAUAUUUUAACCUUGGCAUGCUGGCCAUGGACGCAGAGGAAAACGAAGCGGCAGAACGCUGGAUGCGCAAAGCCAUCGCUCUGCAGCCGGGUUUCCGAAGCGCUCUUUUCAACCUAGCGCUGCUCCUGACGCAGGGGAAUCGCGAACGGGACGCUCUGGCCGUGCUGGACGAGCUCCUGUGGCACCACCCUGAGCACUCGAAGGGCCUCAUCCUGAAAGGCGAUAUCCUCAUGAACCAGUUGAAGGACACGCGCGGUGCACGCGAGGCCUUCGAGCGAAUCCUGCGUUCCGACCCGGGGAACGUCCAGGCCAAGCACAAUCUGUGCGUGGUGUACUUCGAGGAGCGGCAGCUGGCCCGUGCGGAGCAGUGUCUCCAGGAGACUCUGGCCAUGGCGCCGCACGAGGAGUACGUACAGCGCCACCUGGCGAUCGUGCGCGCCAAAAUAGCCGCCCACAGCGCCGCCGGGAAGCCGGUAGACGGGGAGGAGGUCACAGAGAAACAACACAAGGCUCAGGCUCGAAGAGAGGAAGAACAGGACGCGGGGGAAGACACAACGGGAGAUAAAAAUUUGCGGAAAUCCUCCCACGCCGAAAACUCCGGCGCCCAGGAGAAGAAGCUGGACGCCGACCAGCGGACUAAGAGCAAAUCCACGCAAGAGAUUAAAGACAUCGAGAAGAAACGGGAGGCGGCGUUAAAGAGACUGGAGGAGAUCGAGCGCAUAUUAAGUACCGAUUAACCCUGUUAGGUUUUCGUUCGUUUGUUUGUUUUUUGUUUUGACUGGACUACUUUUGUAGAUCUAUUUAAAGCACAGGGAGGAGGAGGAGGAGGUUUGGUGGGAGGAGAUGAGGCUUCAAGAGUUUGUUUAUGCAUUCGUUUGAGAACACUGGUGUUUCGGGUUUCAAUAGGCUUUUUUACUGGGAGACAGGGUCACCCUUUCUUUUGACUUUCGAGCAUCCUGACCAGCAGGAAAAAGCACAAAACUCUGUACUCAUGAAUGCCUAAGUGCUCUCUCUCUCUCUCUCUCUCGCUCUCUCUUUAUCUCUAUCUCUCUUUAUAUCUCUCUCUAUAUGUAUUUUUUUAAACGGGGGGAAAAUGGUAUUUUAUUGGGAUCUACCAUAAUCGAUGGAUCAGUCGGGAAGAACCCCAGGAGUCAGUGUCACCGUUUCGGCGCCCAAUCACGGACUUGAAUCAUCCAAAACUCAAUUUUUGCGGAAGUGACGGCGUGCAAACGCUCAACUCGCGCUUUCUUCCCAGCGACGCCUUUUUUUUUUCCUCUGCACGUUGUGCUGUCAAGCGUUUCAUAACAUCCCUCCGACAUCAACAACCGCUGGACGCUGAUCUCACGGAUUCCCGGUGCCGUGACCCGGAUUUCAUUUCGAGUCUGUUUUGUCACGGCUUUUAUCGAGUUAUUGGUUAAACGUGUGGGCUUUUUUUUUUCUUUUUUCUCUUAUCAAGAACAUAUCUUGUACUCUAUCCCUCACACACACACACACACACACACACCUCUACACCAUCGAGUGGAUUUGAUUUGACAGGUUUUACUCAUUUACGUAUCCAUGAUUCACUUUACUUUUUAUUAGUCUUUCCUCACCUUUUCCUUUUUAUCUCUGCCCCGGUCUCGAGCUGAGAAGCCCGUGAGAUUGUUUGGCUUGGAUUUUGUUUCGAGCUUCAGGCAAAUUGCUGCAUGACUGCUGUAAAAUGCACUUGAAGACCAUUAAGAAUGAUUGAUUCACCCUCCAGCUUCUAACACUUAAAUAUACUAAUGCUCUCGCUUUCUCUCUCUCUCUCUCUCCUUUCCUUCUCUCGCUCUUUCUAUCCCAGCACGACUCUGGGGCGCAUUAAGGGCCUGCAGUUUCACGCUCACUGCAUAUAAACACUACAGAUAAUAAAGCCACUUCAACCAGA